AUGAGUUCUUCUCCUUUCCUACGCGUUUGGCAGCCAGAUCUGUUCAAAAACAAGGUCGCCUUUGUCACCGGCGGCUCGGGCACUAUCUGCAAGCGCCAGGCCGAAGCACUUGUCACUUUGGGCUGUUCGGUAGCAAUAAUCGGCAGAAACACGGAGAAGGCGACCGCGGCAGCCUCUGAAUUGAACGAGUUACGAGAGGAGGUCCGGGCGCUAGGUAUCGGCAACUGCGACGUGCGCAAACUGGACGAUCUGGUGCGCGCGGUCGAGAAGACAGUACACGAGCUGGGCCGGAUUGACUUUGUCAUCUGUGGGGCGGCUGGGAACUUCAUUGCCGAUUUCAACUCCCUGAGUGCCAACGCGUUCAAGACCGUCGUAGAUAUUGACUUGCUGGGCUCUUUCAACACCGUGAAGGCGUGCUACAACGAACUGAAGAAGAACAAAGGCGCGGUGCUCUUUGUGUCCGCAACCUUCCACUACUACGGCGUGCCUUUCCAGGCACAUGUGGGAGCUGCAAAGGCGGGUGUUGACGCUCUCUCCAACGCUUUGGCCGUUGAAUUGGGACCGAUCGGGGUUCGUGUGAACGCUAUUGCUCCUGGCGCAAUCGGCAACACAGAGGGGUACAGAAAGCUUUCUUCGGGGUCUCCGAUGCAGAAAAAGAUCCCGCUACAGAAGCUGGGCUCCAUAGACGACAUUGCGCAGGCCACCAUCUUCCUAUUCAGCGACGCUGCGCGGUACGUCACCGGUACCGUGCAGAUAGUCGACGGAGGGUUCUGGCACAUGGGUCCGCUUGUGACGGCCGAGCUGUAUCCGGAAGAGCUGCUGAAACGGCUUGCUCGCAAGCCCAAAUUAUGA